AGAGACCUCCUUCCCCAGCUCAUGGCUUGUGCUGCGGACACUAAUACGAAUCUUGUACUGGAAUGCGACGAUAACAUUACACAGAUAUCUAUGAUAGAGCCCGAUCGUCAUCAUGUUGUAGAAUUGACUGAUUUCACUAUGGAUUCAGUCCGUCACGUGUUCGUUCCUAGUCUCUUGUCGGAUCGUCCGAAAGCUACGGCUGAAGGCCGGGCUGGAGACUAUCAACGGGACGACGCGGGGCAUUUCGACGCUCUUUGGAGUUUGUUCGGAGGUCAUCCGGCAACUUUGAGGAAACUUAGCGAGUACUUCGAUGAGGCUACUAAGAUGGAUAAGGCUGAGAGGACGAGGAAGGAGAUGGAGAUGCGUGAACAUCGGAAGCGAGGGAAGAUGCGAGACAUUGUAUCCCCGUGCGUUUUCGAAGGGACUAUACGGAAAAACGAUGCCUUGAGGGACCUAUCGGAUGGUGAGAUUACUCAGGAACUGUGCGACUGUGUUGAUGAGUACUGA